AUGCCCGCCAACAAAGAUCGGAUAUAUGUUGCGCUCCAUGCACGACGAGGCAGACUAACCAUGCCAGACAAGGAAGACACGUACCACUGGUCCGUGAUUGUAGGGCCCAAAUUUGAAACUGAGAAUAGCACGGGUUUCUGUUACCACGCGAACGAGAGCCCAAAGUUAGGAGGGGGCUCUGAAUGGCACUUCGAAGAGUUUGAGUGUUCACUUAACAGUGGCAACAUGUUACUUGUUCGUAUCCUGAUUGGCAAGGUAUUGGACGGAUAUCAUGUAGCCGAAAUUAUGCGCAACACGCCUGUCCGACAGAGUCGGCCGGGAUGGAAUUGUGUCGCGUGGGUAAAGGAGGCUUUGGAAACGCUCGAGGCUGAUAAUAAGGCUUUAGGCACGAGAUUGCUUGAGUGGAGCAUAGUGCACGAUAUAGCAAUAGCUUACUGUCAACGGAAGAUAUAUGAGCACCGUUUUGAUGGUCGGGGCGGUUUUGAUAUGAGAAAAACUCCAAUUUAUGACUUGUUGGAGCAAAGGGAGACUGUUCCUUGA